ACCUUUGACCUCCUCUCUUUCUCUUUCUCUUUCUCUUUCUCUUUCUCUUGAGUUGAUGGUUGCCCACAAACACCAAACUCUCUCCCAACAACAAUCAACAAUUAACAACACCACCACCAUUUCCUCCUCUUCCUUCCUCUCUUUCAAAGCCUUCUCACUCAUUUUCUCUCUCUCUCCUCACAUUCCUCUUUUAUCUUUCUUUGCAAGUUAAUUAACCCCCCUUUUCUGCCUCAAAAACCCUAAAGUUUUGAUCUUUGCAAUCUUGACAUAGCCAUUGAUAUUUAAUGGAGUUGGAGGUGGAAGAUUUUGGAGCCGCAACCGGUGGGAUUAAUGGAUUGAAAUUAUUGGUUUUGUAAUGGGUAUGCUGAAUUUUGUUCUUCUAACUUGUCUGUCAUAUAAUCUCAAUGGCAUCCAAAUUGAGUGCAAGAAUUUCUCCGGAUAGGUUGAGGAAAGCCUCUGGCUCUCAAGCUCUUGAAGGUAGUACUCGUAGGCCUUCGCCUACACCACUAAGUAAUAAGCCAAGCAGAACAGAACCAGUUACCCCUAAUAGGUUACCGCCAUCUAUGCAAAGUUUUUCAUCAAAGCAAGUUGUGAGUGAUGUUGUAGAUGAGAAAAGGUCAUUACACCCUAAUCAAAAGGGGUCUAGCAAUGGUUUAGCUGAUAGGUUUGGUUCUAGUUUGUCUUUGGCUGAUGCUAAUCAAGUUCAAACAAACGGGACUAGAGGUUCAUUAGAAUGCGGUUUUGAGGAUGAGAAGAAGACAUCAGAGCAAGGAGUUGGAUCGUCUUCUACUAAAGUUAGCGAUGGCACGGGAAGUCUUGCAAAGAGUAGUGUGUACAGAGCUAGUACAAGCAGUGAUGUGAGUGAUGAAAGCACUUGUAGUAGUUUAAGUAGUAUCAACAAACCGCACAAAUCACAAGAUAUGAGAUGGGAAGCCAUACAGGCUGUCCGUGCACGAGAUGGAGCAUUGGGGUUAAACCACUUCAGGCUUCUGAAAAGGUUGGGAUGUGGGGAUAUUGGAAGUGUCUAUCUUUCGGAGUUAACUGGUACGAAAUGUUACUUUGCAAUGAAAGUUAUGGAUAAGGCGUCUCUUGCAAGCCGCAAGAAGCUGUUAAGGGCGCAGACAGAGAGGGAAAUCUUGCAGUCUUUGGAUCACCCCUUUCUGCCAACUCUUUAUACUCACUUUGAGACUGAGAAGUUUUCAUGUUUAGUUAUGGAGUUCUGUCCAGGAGGUGAUUUGCAUACGCUCCGGCAAAGACAACCUGGAAAGUAUUUUACUGAGCAAGCUGUAAAGUUUUACGUAGCAGAAGUCCUCCUAUCAAUGGAAUACCUUCAUAUGCUUGGGAUAAUUUACCGCGACCUAAAACCAGAAAAUGUCCUUGUGCGAGAUGAUGGUCAUAUUAUGCUUUCCGACUUUGACCUCUCACUUCGGUGUGCCGUGAGCCCAACACUAGUCAAGUCAGCGGCCGUUGAUAAUGAAGGCUUAAAGAAGAGUUCGGGUGGUUAUUGUGUUCAACCAGCCUGCAUCGAGCCCUCUUGUAUUCAGCCAUCCUGUGUAGCUCCCACUUCUUGCUUCACUCCCCGUCUCUUUUCAAGCAAAUCAAAAAAAGAAAAGAAGUCAAAACCGAAAAACGAACUAGGCAACCAAGUUAGCCCACUACCCGAGCUCGUUGCCGAACCCACAAGUGCCCGAUCUAUGUCGUUCGUGGGUACCCACGAGUAUUUAGCACCGGAAAUCAUCAAAGGUGAGGGACAUGGUAGCGCGGUUGAUUGGUGGACAUUCGGGAUAUUUCUGUACGAACUCUUGUUUGGGAAAACGCCAUUCAAAGGGUCCGGAAACCGGGCUACACUCUUCAACGUUGUAGGGCAGCCUUUGCGGUUCCCGGAGACGCCAGCUGUCAGUUUUCAGGCAAGGGAUCUAAUCAGAGGCUUGUUAGUGAAGGAACCACAACAUAGGUUGGCUUACAAGAGAGGUGCAACAGAGAUUAAGCAACAUCCUUUCUUUGAAGGUGUGAAUUGGGCUUUGAUCCGGUGUGCCAGCCCGCCGGAGAUCCCGAGGCCUGUGGAGUUUGAUAGAAUUCGCACUCCACCUGCGUCGUCGAGUGAGAAAGCGGCUGCUACGAGUGUCGGUAUGCCGGACCAGAAAGGGUCCGAUAAUUAUUUGGAAUUUGAUUUCUUUUAAAUUUAUUUAUUUUUAGCCCAUGCAUUGCUGUUUGUCUUUAAAAUUUGAGGGGAAGAUGUAGAGUUGGGAGAUAAACACCACAGAACACAGGUAUGAAUGAUGUCCAACAAUAUGAACUUUAGGGGUUGUGUUUAUUUUUUUCAUGUGGUUUAUAUAUUGAUCAUAUGUUUAUUUGA